AUGCUUGAUGGUACUAGUUUGUCACAUGAACCAACUUUUUUAGAAAUGUAUAACAUUGUACAUAUAGAUGAGAACUGGUUUUAUAUGGCAAAGAAGUCUGAGAAUUACUAUUUGCUACAAGAUGAAGAAGAUCCAAUACGCACUUGUAAAAGUAAUUUUUUUUUUGAAAAAGUUAUGUUCUUAGUUGAUAUAACUCAUCAAAGAUUUGAUGCAGAGGACCGUGAACUAUUUUCUGGAAAAAUUGGUGUAUUUCCUUUGGUCACACAUGAGCCUGCUAAAAGAAGUAGUAUUAAUAGAGCUGCGGGAACACUAGAAAUAAAACCAAUAACUUCAGUGAAUAAACAAGUAAUAAGGUCAUAUUUGAUUGAGAAGGUUUUACCCGCCAUAAAUGAAAAAUGGCUAAGAGAAGAAAUAAGGUCUCCAAUAUAUAUUCAACAAGAUAAUGCAAGAACACAUAUUGAUACUAAAGAUGAUGAGUUUUGUCGAGUAGCUUCGCGUGAUGGAUUUGAUAUUCGCUUGAUGUGUCAACCCACAAACUCUCCAGAUUUAAAUGUUUUAGAUCUUGGAUUUUGUAAUGCUAUUCAAUCCUUACAACAUAAGGAGUCUCCUAAUUCUAUUGAUAAACUUGUGAAAGCAGUUGAAAAAUCAUUUGAAGAAUUUUCAACAAUCAAGUCAAAUCGGAUUUUUUUAACUUUACAGAUGUGUAUGAUUGAAAUCAUGAAAAAAAGAGGUUUUCAUAAGUACACAAUUCCACAUUUAAAUAAGAAAAAUUUGGAACGUCAAAAACAACUUCCCACUCAAUUAAAAUGUGAUGCAACAUUAGUACAAAAUAUACUUCAAUAUUUAGAGUAA